CCUUCUGCGAUCAUGGCUUCUCCUAGCAAGGCUGUAAUUGUUCCUGGGAACGGAGGUGGAGAUGUGUCCACCCACGGAUGGUAUGGCUGGGUGAAAAAGAGAUUGGAUCAGAUACCUGGUUUCCAGUGUUUGGCUAAAAAUAUGCCUGAUCCAAUUACAGCUCAAGAGAGCAUCUGGCUGCCUUUCAUGGACACAGUGCUACAUUGUGAUGAGAAGACCAUCAUCAUAGGCCACAGUUCCGGGGCCAUUGCAGCCAUGAGGUAUGCAGAAACACAUCGAGUAUAUGCGACUGUAUUAGUGUCUGCAUACACAUCAGACUUAGGAGAUGAAAAUGAGCGUGCAAGUGGCUACUUCAACCGCCCCUGGCAGUGGGAAAAGAUCAAAGCCAACUGCCCUCACAUUGUACAGUUUGGCUCCACUGACGAUCCUUUCCUUCCCUGGAAGGAACAACAAGAAGUGGCUGAUAGGUUGGAAGCCAAAUUGUACAGAUUCACUGACCGCGGCCAUUUUCAGAACACAGAGUUUCCUGAACUGAUUAAUGUGGUAAAGUCUAUGCUGAAAGUACCAGCACAGAAAGAAUGAUUUCUGCUAUUUUGCAUGCCAGUAUAGUAGAGCAAUGAUCAGAUUAUAGGUAAAUAAUCAUAAAAAAGUUUCUAAGGAUCAAAGACAAAAACAAAGUUUCAAUUUUCAAACUAAGUUACAAAUAGCAUUUCCAUUUUCUAUAGAAUCUACAUCUCUCCAAAUUGCUAUGAAUUAAAGUAAUAUUUUCUCUGUAUGAUAAGGGACAUAAGGACAUCUUUACCACCCAAAGUAAGAUAGAGAUGGAGCCCUGGCCGGUUUGGCUCAGCGGUUAGAGCGUCGGCCUGCGGU